AAAACACUUGAAAUUUAAUGUGUAGGUAUACUAUAAAAGGAUCCUUGCAUCGGUUCUAUAAACAGAGUGAAGUUUUGAAAGAUGAAGUACAUAUUAGCAGUUUUGUCCGUUGCGAUUGGCCUUUGUGCUGCCGCUAUCAUUGAACACCAACCUGAAAUCGAAUUCGUUGAGGGUGGUUUCAGGGGUUCAUGUACCACUUCAAGGUACUGGGAUUGUUGUAAACCUACUUGUUCCUGGAAAGGAAACACUCACACCAAUUUUGGACCAGUGAGAUCUUGUUCUGCUGACGGAUACCACGCCAUCGAUGGAAAUACUCAAUCAGGAUGUGAAGACGGAAGCGCCUACAUGUGCAAUAACCAACAAAGUAUCAUCAUCAACUCUACUUUGGCUUAUGGAUUCGCAGCAGCUGCCUUCAUCAAUCCACCAGAAAACAUGUGCUGUACCUGUUUCUUGGUAACCUUCGGAAAGGGUCCAUGGGGUAACUGUUCUGGGAAACAAAUGGUACUCCAAAUCACCAACACCGGUGGCGGUAGCAGCAGCACGAACAGUACUGAAAACAACAUUGAAUACGCCAUGCCAGGAGGUGGUGUCGGUUACUAUACCCAAGGAUGCAAGAAACAAUGGAACGCUCCAGAUAAAGGUUGGGGUGACCAAUACGGAGGUGUAUACACCGAACAAGACUGCAACCAAUUACCUCAAGUUUUGCAACCUGGAUGCAAAUUCAGGUGGGAAUUCUUGAAUGGAUGCUCGAACCCUCCAGCCACUUUCAAACAAGUUGUAUGCCCGAGAGAAAUUGUUGCCAUUUCUGGAUGCGAUAUGGGAUAAAUAAGGACACAAAUGUGAUUUUUCAAUAAAGAUUUUUCUUAAAAUUAGGAGGAUUGAUUUUUCUGCUUGUUUUCCUUCUAUUGCAAGUUGGCAAUAGUCACUAAAACCUUUACUUUUAAAAGUAUGUAAUGUUUAUUCAAUGGUAA